AUGGCGUUGAAUGUUCGCAACAAAUUGGGGUUUAUCGACGGAACUAUCCCCAAGUCCCCUCUCAAUCAUCGUGAUUCUGGUUCUUGGUCAAGAUGCAACGAUAUGGUGGUGACUUGGCUCAUGAACUCUGUCUCCAAGAAGAUUGGCCAGAGCUUGUUGUUUAUGUCAACCGCUGAGUCAAUAUGGAGGAACUUGUUGGCUCGUUUCAAGCAGGACGAUGCGCCUAGAGUUUAUGAGAUUGAGCAGCGAUUGAAACUUGUUACUCUUUGGGAAGAGUAUAAGAAUUACGUUGAGAUUACAGUUUGUACUUGUGGACGAUGCGAAUGUAAUGCGGCUUUGCUUUGGGAAAAGAUGCAGCAGAGAAGCAGAGUUACGAAGUUUCUGAUGGGUCUUAAUGAAGCUUAUGAAUCCACACGACGUCAUAUUCUUAUGCUAAAGCCAAUACCUGAUAUUGAGGAUGUGUUCAACAUGGUUACAUAA